UCGGAACUUUGAAAUCCGGAUUAACCGAGAAAAAGAGAUCGCGAUGAAAAAGAAAAAUAGCAAGAAACGGGCCAAAGUAACAUCUGCUCUCGAUGAGCAAACUUCCAGUUAUUUCAAAAGGGUGGAAGAUAUGAUAAAUGAAGAUGAUUUUGAUGACGAUGAGAGUCGAAAAUUGUUUGUGGAGAACGUGUUUACACAAGUAGAAAACAACGAAGUUAAACUUUCCUGUGAUAUGAUGGUCAGCAGAACUAUGGAGAAGCUGAUUGUUUAUUUUAACGAUAUCCAAAUUCGCUGCGUAAUACAGAAUAUUGAAGAUCAUUUCUGCAAAAUCGCCAUGGACAAAUUCGGUAGCCACGUGCUCCAAUCGCUCAUCUGUGUUAUUCCGAAGGCAGUAAGGUCAGAGCGCAGUAAAAUAAGAGAAGUUGAACAAAAUUUCGACAAUUUGAAAAGUGCGGAGGAACUUUUCCUGAGUCUCUGUCAUUGUUUUCAAGAGAAUUUAGGAGAACUUGUUAGCCAUACUUACGGAAGCCAUGUUCUUAGAACUGCGUUCGAGGUGCUGGGUGGUGUGAAAGUUGCAGAUAGUGUUGUCCGCAGUCGAGCUUCAAGGCAAAGUAGGGAGAAAAGUAAUCAAUCAGAGGAGAAAAGACGAUCAAUCAAGCAGACUCAAGUGGGAAAUGCCUUUGGAACAGAUCCUAUUAAGCAUAUGGAGACAGUUGCAGUUCCAGAUAGCUUUCCACCCAUUCUCAGACAACUCACUAACAUGAUAAUUGAAAUGGAACUGCAAAAACUGGCUCUUCACCCAGUAAGUAAUCCCCUUCUGCAGACAUUGCUAUUGGUUCUACACAGGAAGGACCAGUCAUUGUGUAUGAAGUUAUGCAAGGCAGUUAUGUCUCAAAUUGACAUGUACAACAGUAAGAAAGGAAGAAUCAAAGGACCAAGAGAAUCAAAGGAAGGUGACCAUGAACAGGCCUCAAAAGAGCAAGAAAGGAGUUACAGGGUACCUGUUCUGCUUUCAAAUGAAAUCAGCAGUCAUUUGGUUGAAAAGAUUUUACAUGUUGUUACACCUGAGCUUUGGCGAGAGAUUUAUGAUUCGUACUUCAACACUCACUUGGUUCAGUUGUCCUGCCAUCCUAUUGCUAAUUUUAUCGUACAACAUCUGAUGGCAAGCACUACAGAUAAAGCUCAGGCUAAACAAAUAUUAGCUGAGCUGCUACCAUAUCUGGAAGAUCUUCUUGCUAAUGAGCACAUGGGCAUUGUAGUCAGAAUGGCUGAAGUUGCUGUGCAGUUUUUGAUCAAGCAAAAAACAAUGUUAAAAGCAUUGCUGCAAGCAUUUCACUGUGAAGGAAAGGAUGAACAAUCCAGUGCUGUUCUUUUGUUCUUGUCAUUAACAACUUAUGACAUUUUCUAUGGAACAAAGCCAGAUGAAAGAGGAGAAAUUGAAGAAGGUGUCAUUACUAUUGCAGAAGAAUCUCCCCCUGGAGCAAAGCUAAAAUCUAUUAACUUUCAUGGAGCUUUGUUACUGAAGACAUUAUUUGAUUUUCAAGACCCAAGCAAGGUGGUAACAAGCCUGCUUUGUCUUUCCAUGGAGGAAUUAAUGACCCUUGCCACAGACUCAAUGGGUUCUUAUGCAUUGGAAGCUUUCUUAAAGAGCAGAUUUGUGCCAUCAGAGAAGAAACAUGUUCUCAUUGAGAAGUUAAAGGGGACCUUUGUUAGGCUCGCUUGUGAAAAACAGGGUAGCCAUGUUGUUGAAACAUGUUGGAGACAAGCGGAGGUGAGAUAUAAGGAAGCCAUUACCCAAGAACUGCUUUUCAGUGAACAACAACUCAACGGUAAUUUCUAUGGCAGAAUUGUGCUCAGAAAUUGUGGCGUAGAGCACCUGAAAAGGAAAGACAAAACCUGGUUCGAGAAGGAGCAAAAGGCAGUCAAGAAGAGAAAAUUUUUGGAAGAGAUUUUAGAGGAGAGACAAGAUAUUAAGCAUACCAAGAAAGUGAAAUUGGUGGAAGAUGGCAAGUCUAAAAAUUUCGGCCGAGAAAUGGCGGCAUUGGGUUUCACAGCAAGUGGAGAAAAUGCUGUUGAUUCGGAGGAGGAAGAUGAUGCUGAUGACGCAAAAGGGUCGGUUGAUGCCGCGUUCGAAAAGAAACCGAAAAAGGAUCAGUAUGCAAACAAAAACAUGCAGACCGAGAAAAAGAAAAAGAACCGCUCUUCUAACGAAACAGACAAACUUGCUGAGUUAGAAUUCAUUGAUAGUGCCAUCAAGGCCACAAAGUCUCUGAAGAAGUCGAAAAAAGAGGAGAAAAAGAAGAAAUAAAAAUAGUUUCUUUUAAUGAUGUGCAAUGUGUGGCCUUUAAAUGCUGCUUAGUAAUUUUAAAUUCGUCAUUGAAUAAAAAAAAAAUUAAUAAAAAAAAGU